UGAAGAUUAGCAAGAUUUUCUAUUCGCGCGAAAUUAGUGACAAUUGGUUUGGAACGAAUUGAAAUCUCUUAAAGAAAUAAUUUAAAAAAAUGUCAGGAAAAUCAAAAGCAUUUACAAAAGAAGAAGAACUUCUUCUUCAAGAUUUCUCAAGAAAUGUAUCAACAAAAUCUUCAGCUUUAUUUUACGGCAAUGCUUUUAUUGUUUCGGCAAUUCCCAUCUGGCUUUUUUGGAGAAUUCAUUUGAUCGAUAUCUAUGCCAAUUUAAUUUCCUUUGUUUUAGUCACAUUAGCGAGUACAUAUACUCUUGCUCUUGCAUACAAAAAUACGAAAUUCGUGUUAAAACAUAAGAUUGCAGUAAAAAGAGAAGAUGCAGUGACGAAAGAAAUGAGUAGAAAGUUAUCAGAAGAUAAAAAAAUGAGUAAAAAGGAAAAGGAUGAAAGAAUUUUAUGGAAAAAAAAUGAAGUAGCUGAUUAUGAAGCAACAACAUUUUCAAUUUUUUACAAUAAUGCCUUAUUUUUAGCUCUUGUAAUUGUAUGUUCUUUUUAUAUUCUAAAGACAUUUACACCAGCUGUAAAUUAUAUACUUUCUGUGGGUGCAAUGAGUGCAUUGUUAGCAUUAUUAUCGACUGGAUCUCAAUAAAAUACAUGUUGUAGAAAUAUAUAUAUAU